AUGAACAAGAGAAGCUACGAUCAUUCGCUCGGAUCUCAAUCCACCUCUACCUCUCGCUUAUACGAAGACGAUGAUCAUAUCUAUGAGAAUAUUGGGCCUGAUGGGAGGAUUCCAUUCCCUUGGAGAGGCGAUGUUUAUCAUGAUGAAGGCCAGUCAAAUCAGAAUUGGAUGCAGCCGAAGGGUGGGUUUAUAUUAGUAUUGUUGAUGUUUCGAAUAUUUAGGUAUCCAUCACUGGCGCAAUUACCGACGUCGUUGGCGGUGGCGCAAAAAGAAGUUUGAUCAAAGCGCAGACCUUGAAAGGGAUUAUCUCCAAGAGACUGUCCAGAAAAUGGAUGUCACUUUAGACGCUCCGGCGACGAAAGAGGCCAUUGGGAAAGUAAUCGCCAAUAAAUAUGGACUCAUCGAGAAUGAUGACGGCACUUGUGUGCCUCUCAAAAGUGAUAAAUCCGCUAAUCGGAACUCGAUAGAUACUAGUCUGAUGCCUUUUAAGAUCAAAAAUGUGACUUAUGACUUGACGGAGAGAGAAGAUGAGCCUAAAAAUGGUAAAAUCUCGUUAAAUUUGUCUUUUUUUUGUCAUGGAUAAUAUAGUUGAUCAAAAAUAUUUGUUUUUUAGAGCCAAGACCUAAUGGGAUCCUAAAAGAAGAGCCCCGAAGUUUGUUGAGCAGUAUGGUUUCAACAACAAACAAGAGCUGGUUGCCGUCAUUGCCUCAGGAUUUUGAUGAGAGUUUGUUUUUGGAAUGGGGAGAAAACUUUUGGUUCAAGGUUAGAAGAUUGAUCAUCAGGUCCAAGCGAAAGGUACGGUCAACAUAUAUCAUCAUUUAAAAAAAUUUCAGCAAGUCCGUUUUGAUCCUUUGGCCCCUCGAUUUGUUCUCCAUUUCUCGACCAAUGAACGUCUCAAUAUCGCCCCACCUAUGGCCAAUAUGUCCAAUCGUCUGAAAUUACUCCCAAAUAAAAGGUUUACCCAUGUCUUGGUGGACAAGAUGUUCAGUGUAAAAGAUGGGAUCAUAUUGGAGCAGUUUAUCCACGGCAUGGUAUUCUUCUUCCCCGGGGUCCUAAAAAGGCAUGGCGCAGAGGAAAUCACUUGGUGGACGAGAUGGUUUGUAAGUUUUUGGAAGUUUUGGGCAUUGAAUUAUAUUAUACAUGAAGGGUAAUAUCACUUUAAUGUUUUGAACAGUUUAAAAGCUGAUGAACCAAUUUUAAGAUCGAAAAUAACGAGGACGCGGUGUUUAUUGCCAAAUACAUCGAGUCGAACACAAUAAUCCGAGCCGCCAAUUUCGCCCAUUACCUGGGAAUCGCCGCUAUGGAAGCCUGGGCCUGCCGAGUGCUGGUGGAACGAGCCGAGGGAAUGAAUGUGGAGGAAUUACGAGAACUGCUCAAUGAACCCAACGUCCUGGACUGCCAUCAAGAUUUACUUAUUGGAAAUAGAAAUGACGAAGAUAUCUGA